AUGGCAGGACUAACACCCCCCUUACAGUUUCUGCGCGAAUACAAGCUAGUAGUAGUAGGCGGUGGCGGCGUGGGAAAGUCAUGUUUGACCAUCCAACUCAUCCAGAGUCACUUUGUGGACGAAUAUGACCCUACAAUUGAAGAUUCCUAUCGCAAGCAAUGCAUGAUUGACGAUGAAGUCGCCCUCCUCGAUGUCCUAGACACCGCCGGUCAAGAAGAAUAUUCCGCCAUGCGAGAACAAUACAUGAGGACAGGAGAAGGUUUUUUGUUGGUCUACUCGAUUAAUUCUCGACAAUCCUUUGAAGAGAUCAUGACCUUUCAACAACAAAUCCUACGUGUCAAGGAUAAAGAUUAUUUCCCGAUCAUCCUCGUUGGCAAUAAGUGUGAUCUUGAAAACGAAAGAGUGGUAUCUCAAGAAGAGGGUGCUCACCUCGCCCGACAAUAUGGCUGCAAAUUCAUCGAGACAUCCGCCAAAUCCCGAAUAAAUGUUGACAACGCGUUCUACGAUCUCGUCAGAGAAAUCCGAAGAUACAACCGAGAAAUGUCAGGUUACAGUGGAGGUGCUCCUCAACUAGGGUCGCAUGGCCCCGGUCAGAAACUGGAGAUGGGCCAUCAAGCAGAAAGCGCUGGAUGUUGCAGCAGGUGUGUGGUUAUGUAA